CCCACCCACUUAUAAUUCAGCUUGUCGCGUCGAGGACUCACUUGUCAGAGCAGAGAAAGUCAUGAUGCAGAGAGUGUCUCUCUUGAGCUUGAGAAGACUGGUCCGGGCUCCCCAGCUCAGAAGGUACCUGACCAGUAUUACUGGGAGUAGAGUAUCUCCUACUCUGACUGUGGAUGGGGAGGGUCGACUGAGGUAUGAGGACAUGUAUAAUAGACUGCUGCAACUGUACACAGCCUCUGAUGGUUGCAUUGCUGCAAAGGACUUCCAAGAGGAUAUAACCAAGACUGGUCUGUUACUGAGCGACCCCAGAUUGCAGCCUACAUUCAGUAAGAUGGAGGAGGCAACUGUGGACCAGAAGCUCUCACAAGAGGCCUUUAUAGAAGCUGUGAGCAGUAACAUUCCACUGAUAGAGAAGGCACUACGAGGGAAGGUCAUCAUCCCUGAGUUCUCCAACUUCACACAAGCGGUGGAGGGUAUCUAUAGCGACUGUGCGUCCAACCAAGACGGAGAGGUUGCUAACUACAUACCGGCUCUGGCGGACGUGAACCCUGACCUUUGGGGGGUGUCUCUCUGCACAAUUGACGGACAGAGGCACUCAGUCGGCGACUGUAGUGAGAAGUUCACGAUUCAGAGUGGGGGCAAGUGUUUCAGCUAUUCCAUUGUGGUGGAUGAGUACGGUGUGGAGAAGGUCCAUCGCUACGUGGGCAAGGAGCCGAGUGGCAAGUCCUUCAACUCUCUCGUGCUCAACGAUGACUUCAAGCCACACAAUCCGAUGAUAAACGCGGGAGCCCUCAUUCUGUGUUCACUCGUCAAACAAUCUCUUCCCAUCAACGAGAAAGUCAACUUUAUGCUCAAGAAGUUUUGUGACAUGGCUGGUCUUCCUGAGAAAGCACUCAAGUGUGACAUUAGCACUUGUGACUCUGAGAUGGCAACAGCCGACAGGAACUAUGCUCUACUGCACUACAUGAAAAGCAUGGGGGUGUUCCCUGAAGAAGCUGACCUUAAAGACACACUCAAGUUCUACACCAGGCUUUGUUCUAUUGAGGUUGACUGUGAGAGUGGUGCUGUCAUGGCCGCCACUCUGGCCAACGCUGGCUACUGCCCCAUCACUGGGAAGAAGGUGGUGGGUCUGGAUGCCGUACGGAACACACUCACUCUAAUGCACUCUUGUGGUAUGUACGACUCAGCCGGAGAAUUCUCAUUCGCUGUUGGUCUCCCCGCCAAGUCCGGAGUGUCUGGCGUGAUCCUACUGGUGGUACCCAACGUGAUGGGCCUUUGUCUCUAUAGCCCCAAGGUCAACAAGAAUGGCAACAGUCUGAGAGGCCUGCAGUUCUGUGAGAGCUUUGUAGAGCGAUUCAACUUCCACAACUAUGACAGUCUCCUACAAGUGAACUCCAAGACAGACCCUCGGAGGAGGAGAGGGGAGCACAAGGAACUGGAGGUCACCUCCAUCAUGUAUGCGGCUCACUCCGGGGCAGUUAGCUCUCUGCAACGCUACGCCAUGGCUGGGAUCAACCUCUCACAGUGUAACUAUGACGGCAGGACCCCACUCCACAUUGGAGCUGCUGAAGGUCACUUGAGUGUUGUUGAGUUCCUGAUUUCCACGGUAUCUGUACUCAAAAACCCGAAAGACCGUUGGGCCAGGACCCCUCUUGAUGAGGCGUACAUAUUUGGUCACUCGGAGGUGGCAGAAUAUCUGAAGCAACACGGGGCUUUGACUGGUUCAGAGAUAACCACACCCCCUUACACCCACUCAAACGCCCAUACCAGAUGAUUCAACACUGAACAUUUUUUUAUCACCUUCAAAAUUGCCAUAACAUGCAGUCAAAUUAUAUACCUGUAUAAUUAUACAAUUAUUUAUUCACAAUCAUACAAACACAAAUUGCUAUAAUUAUUGCCCAAUAGUUUUAAUUAUCUCAGUCUGCUAAGG